UUGGAAAACGUUGUACACAAUGGCGUCGCAUUUCAGCGGAGUACUGCAACUCACAGAUCUGGAUGAUUUUAUUACUCCGUCUCAGGAAUGUGUGAAGCCAGUGAAGGUGGAGAAGAAACAGGGAAGAUCUGUGGCCAAAAUUCAAAUAGAAGAUGAUGGCAGUUAUUUUCAGGUCCAGCAGGAUGGCCAAAGGCAAAAGUUGGAGAAGGCAAAGAUUACUCUAAAUGACUGCCUCGCAUGCAGUGGCUGCAUUACAUCUGCAGAAAGUGUCCUUAUAACCCAACAGAGUCAUGAGGAACUAUAUCGUGUGCUACGUCAUAAUAAGCAGGUUAGCAGCAGUGAGCAGAAAAUGGUGGUGGUGUCUGUAUCGCCGCAGUCAAGAGCUUCACUCGCCGCACAUUACGGUCUCAGCAGCAGUGAGGUCGCUCUUAGACUCACCAGCUUCCUGAAGAACUUGGGUGUUCAUCAUGUGUUCGAAACCGGAUUCAGUCGGUCUUUCAGUCUGUUAGAGAGCCAGAGAGAGUUUCUGGAGCGAUUCAGUCGGAAGGACGUGGAUAAGAAGGCCUUACCGAUGCUUGCAUCUGCCUGUCCAGGGUGGAUUUGUUAUGCUGAGAAGACUCAUGGGGAAUUUAUCCUCCCUUAUAUCAGUACGACCCGCUCACCUCAGCAGAUGAUGGGAUCUCUAGUCAAGGGUUACUUCGCCACUCAGAAGGGAGUUUCACCACAGAACAUCUACCAUGUGACUGUGAUGCCUUGCUAUGAUAAGAAGUUGGAAGCCUCAAGACCAGACUUCUACCUGAGCGAAUAUGAGACUAGAGAGGUGGACUGUGUCAUCACUUCAGGUGAAGUGCUGAAGAUGUUGGAAGAGGAGAAUGUUAUUUUGAGGGACGUGGAACCGGCACCUCUAGACUCAAUGUUCAGUAAUGUAUGUGGAGAGGAGUUGCUGAGUCAUGCAGGAAGUGGAUCGGGAGGGUAUCUUCAUCACAUAUGCAAACAUGCAGCCAAACAACUCUUCGGGGUUGAAAUACAGGAACUUACAUACAAGACAAUGAAAAACAAAGACUUCCAGGAAGUGACUCUAGAGAAGGACGGUAAAGUUCUGUUGCAGUUUGCUGCUGUUUAUGGCUUCCGGAACAUUCAGAACCUGGUGCAGAAGCUGAAAAGAGGGAAAUCACCUUAUCACUUUGUAGAAGUGAUGGCAUGUCCAUCCGGAUGCCUUAAUGGCGGAGGGCAGCUCAAGGCGUCAUCUGAUCAAUCCAAGAAGGAGUUGCUUCAGCAAGUAGAAGAAUUGUAUGGCGCUGAACGCACCUCGACGCCUGAGGAGGACACACGAGUGGCUGAACUUUACCACAGCUGGUUAGAAAGCGUUGGAGAGGAGAAAGCCAGACUGUUACUCCACACACAGUACCACGCAGUAGAAAAAAACAGCAGUGGACUCAGUAUAAAGUGGUGAAGAGCCGAGAUGUUUCUGAGACUCUGUUGUUUGUUUGGACUUUUAAAGGAACAGUUCACCCACAAAUCGUUUACUCGCCCUCUUGUUGUUUAAAACCAAUAUGGCUUUUAUCUGUGAUGUACAUUGGAAAUGUUAGCCUCCGUCACCAUUCACAUUUUACUGCAUUUUUCAAUGAAAAUAAAUGGUGAAUACCAUUCUGCAUCACACUGAAGAAAGACAUAGGGGUUUAAAACAACAUGAGGGUUCGUAAAUAAUGACAGAAUUUUAAUGUAUGGUUGAACUGUUCCAUUAAGUCCAUCUUUAGCAUGGAUUUGACACUACACCAGCUGUACACUCAUAAUCAUGUGUUAUACAAAUAUGGAAAUAAUUGACUGAUUAAGUAAUGUUUUCCUCAAGCAAAUAUUAAAAGCAAAUGCUGAACAUUUCUGGUUGGGACAUGCUUUUUUUUUUCGUAUCAAAGUGGCCUUUUGUAUAUAUUGUAUCCAUACAUCUUGAUAAGACCCACAGUUAUGUUUAUUUUUAACAUUGCCAUACAUUUUCAUGUAUAGUUUCUUCAACUUUAUUAUUUUUAUUAUUAUUCUUUUUCUCUUCUUUUUGAUGUGUAAACCUGAAUGUAUGAUAUUCCGUGUGUGUGUGUGUGUAUAUAUAUAUAUAUAUAUCAUA